ACACAUCAAUAAGACGGGCGAUGAUUAACGGUGAAACGAUGCUUAGAUUUUUUUUUUUUUUUUUUACAACAUGGCUUAGGCUCUAGGAAAUUAGGGAUUUCUACCCCUUCCUUGUCUUCUGCAAUACUAGCUAACCCUUACUCCUCCGGUGGCGCUAUCUUGCACCCGCCUGUUUGUCUACCGCGCUGGCGACUGAGAACAGCACCACGGUUUUGGAUCAACUGGCUUUUUUACCUCCUCGCGGCUGCAGAAAGAGACGGUCCCGUUCAGAGGUAAAUCCUCGUUCUCCGAUGAUCAGCAAACUCGGAAACGAUCUCCUCGCCGAAAUUCUGAUUCGCCUCCCGAAUCCUAGAUCUGCCUGCCAGAGCAAAGUCGUCUGCAAGCUGUGGAGAUCCCUGAUUUCUGAUCCCUGCUUCAGUCGUCGUUUCCUUUCUCACCACCAGCGCAUGAACAAACCACCUCCUCCUCAACUUCUUCUUCUCUCAGAUGACAGGGAAUCGGUCGUCCUGAGAUUUCUCCCCACACCCGUUGAAGAGGGAGGCUACCGUUCACUGCUUUUCGCAGUUUUCGAUUGUUACAAGGACUUGCUUUUAUGCGGGUUUGGGGAAGUAGGUGACCGCCAUACUAAUGCUGAACUUGCCAGAUCGUACUUGAUCUGCAAUCCUUUCACGAAGCAAUGGAUCGCUCUCCCUUUGGCCCCCGAAAGACCCGUGGGGCUUACGGAAUUGUGUGCAAGGUUAGUUUGCGAACCCUUAAUUUCUGAUAGUCUUGAUCUAGGAGGUGGCUAGGUUCCGCGUGGUCUGUAUAUAUCAAGAUAGGAAUUCCAUGAAGCUAGAUGUGUUCUCUUCCGACUCUGGAAAAUGGAACAAGGAAGCUCUCGUUCUUCAAGGUUGUCGCAGACACCGAAUGAUUGAUGUUGUUUCAUGCAAUGGGCUUUUAUAUGUGCCCUAUCUUAGAACACAAGACAGAUAUGUUGGCUUGCCUAAGCCUUUCAUUACUGGUUUCAAUCCUUUCCGCCUUGAUAUACCUCCCACUCCUAUUGAUGUUUCCCCAAUCCUUGAGAAAUGGUGGUGGUGGAACAUCUCGGUUUCGCAAGGUGCUCUGCACUUGAUUGUGUUUGAGGACGGCACUAAGCCUGCUAGUUCGAGGAUUGUCUUGAGUGUGUGGAGGCUAAAUGAAGGCAGUAGUAACUUUUGGAGGAAGGUGUGUGAGGGGUUGGUGAAGCCAAAGGGUGAGUACAGACUGGAGUCCAUUUUGUUUCCUACUCUACAUCCAGAGAAGCCGCAAACUGUCUUCUUUGCUCUAAUUGCUGGUGGUGGUAGGGAUUGUCGUGUGUCCUGCGAUUUUUACCGGUUGGAGGGUGUUCCAGCCUAUGGCCUCUUGCUGGCCUACUCCGAUUCCAAGGUACCAGAAGCUGAGAGUUACCUACAAUGGAAGCUACAACUAUUGGGUUCAGACUCAGAGCAAUGAACCAAUAGCCCCCUCAAUAACUGGUACUUAUACUUGUACUUGUGAGAAUCUACCUUCUUCUUUGCGUCUUUCCUUGCAGAGUGGUCUAACGAAAACAACUAGGAAUGUGUCAAGGUAGUUGCAAUCUGCAGAGAGAGCGACAGAGAGGAACCGCACUAAAUUUGUUCUCCUUAUAUUUCUCCUUGUGGCUUGGUAUCUAAUCACAUUUCCCAUCUCUUUUCUUUGUUGUGGUUGGUUUUAUUUUUCUGAACUAACUAAUAGAAGAAUGGCAAGGAGUUGAACAAUCUGGUAACUGGAAGAAGCCAAAGGUGGCGAAUGGCUCAUCUUCUCAAGGAUAGGAUGGACGUUUACUGCACCACAUAAUUGGCAAAUGAAGGAAGACUUCAGUAGAUGGGGAACCCCUACUACCGACUUUAUGCAAAUUUUGGACAACAAUAUUUUUUUUCUAGGAAUAUAAGCCUCUUUUUAGUAAACCAAUGUUGGGGCUCGGUUUGAUAAUCUUAAUCCCUAUAUUGCAAAUAUUUAGCUCGUGUAUUUACUAGCCCAAAGGUAGGUGAAUAUUUAAGGUUUCAUCUCCGCGCACCUAGUGUUAUGAUUAUUUGGUUCGCAUGUGAAUAUUAAAUCGGCCGAAAUGUAGAUUUACUAUUUCACAUAGUUCUUAUCAUCAAUAUUUAUUACUAUGUCAUAAGAUAUGUUAAAAUUUUGUCCAAAGAUAAAAAUAUUAAUGGAUUUCAUGAUGUUCAUUUUAUGAAAUAAACCUUUAUUUAAACAAGACAAGGAAAUUAUCCAAUUUUGGGAAAAUUAAACGUUCAUCCCUUUUAGACUCAUAAAAUAUAAAGAUUGAUAUGAGGCGUGGCAGUCGGUCGGUUUCGGUUUAACCGAAAACCGAAAACUCGGUUAUCGGUUAAACCGAGCCACCCGUAUAGCUGCCGACCACCGACCGUGAGAGGUCACGGUUAGCCGGCCAAACCGACCGGUCGGUUUCGGUUUUAGCCUCGGUUAGCUUGCCAACCGGAAAACUAGCUUUUCUAAAUAAAUAAAAAAUUUAAAAAUUCUGCACCACUCAUCUCACACAUUAUCUCCUCCACCAGACCACUUCUCUCUACUUUAGGGAUGGCAAUGGGUCGGGUUGGGGCGGGUUUUGUCAAACCCAAACCCAUGGGUUUAUCCGCCAAAAAAACCCGGGGUAAAACCCGUUGGGUUUGAAAAACUCAAACCCAACCCAACCCGCUGGGUAUCCGCGGGUUCAUGGGUACCCGUGGGUUUUUGUGGUAAAAAAUUUACAAUAACAAGUUUCUUUCAAAAUAAAAGUUUAACAUCAAU